GUCAGAAGGGAAUGGAAGGUUGGUAAUGUUAUGCUUGUGUUUGAAAGCUGCACGGAACCGGUUUUAAUUUGUAUUUUAUGAAAUUUUAAGAAAAAGGAUCCCCGCCAUUGUUCGUAUGAAAAGACUUGCUUGUUGAUGGAAAUUUCUCUGAAACCCCGGUUAGAAGUUGAGAAGAUGAGCGCCAUGAAUAGAGCCAUUUAACACUGAGAAAUUAACACUCCUGCACUCCGCCCCGCAUUGUCCACAGUUUGAAGUUCAGCAUCCAUAUCUGAGGAAGGAAAAGACAGAAGCCGUUUGAGAAAGCUGGAGUAUUAACAACGCGCCCAGGUCUUUUCUUUACCCUCCUGUAAAAUCGAUCUGCUUUAUAAAAAAUAAUUUAAUUAUCGAAACCCGCAGUCCUUCUUAUGCUUGUGCUAGCCAUGGGGACUGCUCAGUUUGGUACACUGCUCCUUUUCUUCACUAACUGGCUGCUCAGUGUUCACGCCGCUUCGGGAGAGUACUGCCACGGCUGGUCUGACAGUAACGGGAGCUGGCACUCGGGGUUCCAAUGUCCCGAGAGAUACGAUAGCCAGGAAGCCACUUUAUGUUGCGGAUCGUGUGGCCUCAGGUAUUGUUGCUCCCUGCGAGAUAAUCGACUGGACCAGGGCGUCUGCACCAAUGAUAACAAUGUGCACCAGGAGCCAAACUCAUACAGCAGGUCAACAUCAGUUCCUAUGUAUUUACCAUUCCUCAUCGUUGGUUCCAUAUUUGUAGCUUUCAUCAUAGUUGGUUCAUUCAUUGCGGUUUGCUGCUGCAGAUGUUUGAAACCCAAGCCACAGGAGAACCAGCAGGAUGCCCCCACCCAGAGUCGUUUGCUGGAGUCCAUUCCUUCAACUGGUAUCAGAACCCCUUCCCGCCAUUCUACCUCCAGCUCCACAACAACUUCCACAAGGAGCUCCAUGGGACGGCAGAACAACAUCUGUUCCAUGGGAACAGAUGGUAUCAACCUCUAUAUGAACAUGCCUACAAAUUUCUCUGUCAUGGGCUGCCACCAAACUCAACAAUUCUUACCUUCACAAUCCGCAGGAAAUCCUUUUCUACCAGCACAAUACCUUAGCUAUGGUCUUCCACCAGAUCAUACACUCAUAAUGGCUCCUGCAUAUGUGGACAGACCAGGAUAUGGACAACAAUCUAAUAAUCCUUAUUCACAUGGAACAUUAAAUAGUGACCAGCUGAUGUACCCUGCAGUCACUCUUUAAGAUUUUUUUCAUAUGUAAGAAAGCAGAUACAUAUUUAAUGGCACCUCUGACAAUAAUGCAAGAGAAAUUGCAAUAUUUAGUCAAAUUGUGUAAUAAUUUAAAACUGGCAAUGUAAUAUUUCUUCUUUUGACUCCCAGUACUGCAUUACUUUUAGAGCUAAGAAUGUAAGAAAUAGAAUCAGUAGGCAUUUGGCCCUGGCAUUAAUGGCAUCAUGGUUGACCUCCUACCUCAACUCGACCUGCCCUUAACUUCAUUAAUGUCUUUGAUUAAUCUUUGUGUUGAAUGUACUCAACAAUAUGAAUAGGAAAGGUUUGGAGGAACAGGAGCCAGGAGCAGGCACCUAGGACUAGUUUAGUUUGGGAUAAUAUUCGAUGUGGUUUGGUUGGACCGAAGGGUCUGUUUCCAUGCUGUAUGACUCAAUGACUAAUUGAGGAAUCCAAUGUGCUCAGGUAGAGACUUCCAAUGAUUCACAACCAUCUGAGUGAAGAAAUCUCUUUUUUUUUAAAUUUCAUUUGUAAAUAUCUGACUGUUUCUACUGAAACAGUGGUCCUGUGCAUAUUUCAGUUUUGAGGUUGGUUAGCUUGCCGAGCUGGUUUGGUGUUCCGCAGACAUUUUGUUACCGUGCUUGGUAAAAUCC